AAAUAUAAGAUACGGGUGGUUGCGGGUAGGCCUAGUCCUUAGUCAAACUACUGAAUGUAAAUAAGAAACAAGUAGUUAGAGCCCCACGUUGUUAUUUAUUAGAGUAGAAUGUUUACUACAGAUGGUUUAUGGUCAUCAUUAAGGAAGAUGAAUGUAAUACGAAAUUUCACACCAUCAGCAAGGCUUUUGAAGAACCUGCAUACUCCUUUUCCCAGGCAAACAUGCCAGCUCAAUCUUUGUUUGCCAAAACUUUCAUAUUGGAGACCUUUUUUACGCAAGAAUUCUGUAUGGAAUGGCCCAAAGAACUUUCUUAAAACAUCUGCAAAACCCAUUGGCAUGAAAAAUGACUUGGAAAUUGACCAUGAUGGCAGCCAAGUCCUGAUCCAAUGGAAUGAAUCUGAACUGAGCAAGUACCAUAGCAUUUGGCUUCGCUGCAAUUGUCAGUGCGAUAAAUGUAUCCAGGCUCAUAGUGGACAAAAACUGAUAGAUGUUAUGUCUAUUCCAGAAAAACCAACACUUUGUUCUGCUGUAAUUCAGCCAGAUGGUAACAGUGUUCAUCUACAAUGGUUUGAAGAGCCUGAUCAUGUAGGUGUUGUAACUUUAGACUGGUUGAAGAAAAAUUGUUACUCACAACAGGCGCGUAGUAAUAGAGCAGAUAUGUGCGAAUAUAAGUUCCUCAAGGGGGAUAUAGACUAUUUUGAUUAUGAACAAGUCUCCUCCUGUAAAAAGACAUUUCUCAGAUACCUCAAAUAUUUAAAUGAAUAUGGUGUUUGCAUUAUUGAUCGAAUUCCAACUGAAAAUGACGAACAUAAAGUUAUAGAGAUUGCAGAAAGACUUGGCCCAAUUCAAAGCACUCUUUAUGGUAGUCAGAGGUUUGAUGUCAAGACUGAAGAGCGUCCAAUAAAUAUUGCGUAUAGUUCAAUGGGGAUUGAAUAUCAUAUGGACCUUGCGUACUACGAGUCUGCACCCGGAAUUCAGCUUCUUCAUUGUGUAAGAUUUGAUGACAAAGUAGUUGGUGGUGAGAGUUUUUUCCUUGAUAUAUUUUAUGUCGUUGAGGAACUGCGCAAUAGAUUUCCUGUUGAGUUUGAAACCUUGUGCACUGUGCCUGCAACCUUCCAGAAGAUACACUUUAAAAGGGAGAAUCCUGCAGCAUUUCAAUACCAAAGGCCCCAUAUCAAUGUCCAUCCAGUAACCAGACAUAUAACUGCGGUAACCUGGUCCCCUCCAUUCGAAGGAAUAUUGCAUGUUAGAGAAGAAGAUGUUGAACCAUAUUACCGUGCUUACAGAAGAUUAGCCCAACUUUUGAAAUAUUCUGAUGCAAAGAAAGAACUAAGGUUGAAACGUGGCCAGUGUGCUGUCUUUAACAACCGUCGUAUAGUGCAUGGAAGGAAGGCAUUUGAAUUAAAUGGGGGACAGAGACAUAUGAAGGGCUGCUAUGUGAACAUAGAUGAUUUCAAAAGUACUGUACAAGUGGAGCAUCUAAAACAAGGAACUGGUGAACUGGCCAGGAGAGUUGGAAACCAGUGUCUCUUUUGAAGACCAAAGUUAAUUUUAAAGAGAAAAAUAUAAUAAAUUAAAAAGUAACCUAUUUUUCAAACACUGUUAGUUCAUUUUCUAGAAUAGCGAAAAUUGUUAGGGAAUGGAACCUACAAAAUAUUUACUGUACUUUCGCGAAUAAGCGCCCCGUUUGAAUAAGCGUCCCUCUCAAAUAAUCGCCUCUCCUAGUGUAAAUAUUUUCUUAAGAGCCCUAUUUGAAUAAGAGCCCCCUCGAUUUUAUUCAUUUUUUGAAGCAAUAUCAUGUGAUUUUUUUCUUAGCAAGCCAAUAAUUUAAUCAAAUCCUGGGACUCAGGUUGGCAUGAUUUGAUCUGUAGAGUGGAUUCACAUAUUCUUCUUAUGUCAGCUUCAAAAUGAGAAUAUUUUCUCCUGGACAGAUGAGAUAAUAUCUUAAUAAUAAUAAUAAUAAUAAUAAUAAAGAUUUAUAAAGCGCACAUCUCCACCAAUGGUGCUCAAGGCGCAUAUCAAUCACCCUAGUUUGUACCAUCCUUUUACUUGACCCGACCAAUCAACUAUUGAGGAUGGGCGUAUAAGCUUUGCUUUCUGAUGACUUUCUUUCCAACUUUCCUCACUUGUCAGAGCAGAUAAAGAAGUUGAAGUUACCUUAAUUACUUUAUAGAGAAUCCGUGCGGAUCUCAUUCAGAUUUUCAAAAUUUUGAAAAGAUUUGCCUGUCAAAUGUUUUUUUCAAUUAGAUACUGUUUCGAAAACACGUGGCCAUCCACUUAAAAUUUGUAAGCAGCACUUUAAUACAAAUAUUCGAAAGUAUGCUUUUUCUAUUCGCUUGGUAAAUGAAUGGAAUGCAUUGCAAAAUAAUGUUCUUAGUAUUGACUCUUUUAACCAAUUCAAAUCUGCCCUUGCAAAAUCUCAUAUCACCCUAGUUUGUACCAUCCUUUUAUUUGACCCGACCAAUCAACUACUGAGGAUGGGCGUAUAAGCUUUGCUUUCGUCUCUACAACCAAGUAAAACUAAGCAAGUAAUACUUUUCUUUGAUGAAUAAGAAUACUGUUUCUGCCGCGAUAGCGCACUUGUUAGUGAAGAGUCCUUUGGAACAAUGCUCGGGUGCUUAAAGCAAUAUGGUAGGCCAGCUCUUUUUGUAAGUGACCUCUGACACAAAGUAGAUUUUCCUUGAUAGUGGAUCUAGCUUCCUGAGAGAGGUCCUUUUCAAGACACAAAAAGUCUCUUUUUUUUAAGUGUUUGUGCUUUGCGCUGUGCACGUAGCUCCCUUUACUGCCGCAUGUAAAUGCUGUAAGUUGGGGCGAUCAUUGCGAGUUCCCUCGGUAUUGCCUUUACCACGUCAUCUCAGAUUUUCCUUAAGUAUUUGUUGCAGCUUGUGGAAGAUUCUGUACUUUUUAAGAAGACAUUCCAUUAUGGAUGUUGGUUCAAUGACUGCAGCAUUAACAUCAGGAUCGUUGGCAGGAUCUCUUGCACCUUUGGACAGUGGACAUUAAUCCAUUGCUUGUUCCCUUUAAAUUUACAAACUGGCUGCAUCUACGCCUAUCUGACGUCACGUUGUAGUGCACUAACAUAGGCAAAGUUAUUUUUAAGGUUAACGUAAAGCAAAUUCAACCCAUGAGCGCGUUCGGAUUUGCAUAAUUCGGCAUAGACAUAGCCACUGCUUUAAAUUUAUCGAUUGUUUCCCUAAUGGGUAGGUCUGGGUUUCACCAGCUACCUACCGGUAUAUUCAAAUUUUGAAGUCAAGCAUUGAAUUCCUAAAAUUAGCAUCUUUCUGCUAUUUUGGAGACAUUAAUGUAGCACCCAGUUGGGACUACAUCUAGCUCCCAAAUACCUACUGCAGUUUUAGUCUGUAUGUUUACCAAAUUAUUUAGUAUUUAUUUAGUAUAGUUUUGUUUACAUUAGUUAUUUAGUCUUGUGCAAUAUUUCCAGGAAAAUGUAAUAUGUGUUGUUUGAUAUUUAAUAGAUUAGCAAUGGGUCUUGUGUAAUCAUAAUUUCAUGCAAGAAAAUGCAGCACCACUCUUGGCAUAUCUGAGGGGGCAAAGCUUAUUUUUAUGUUUAGCCUUGGAGGUUUUUGGAAUGUCUCUAAUGUUUAGGCUAUUAUGUACAAAAUCAGUUUUAAAUAUGUCAUUU